AUGUUUUCUCCAUUCCCUCAUGCCAUGCAAAAGCACUCACAAAUGGAGAAAUCAAAAUCAAAAUCGAUUGUUGAAGGUGUAGAAUUGAUAUUCGAUUCGAAAUUGGGAACGUAUGGGUGGUUCAGCUGCACCGGCGGCGGCGGCGGAGAAGGCGUUUUUGGAUUGAGGAGAGAGAAGAAGAAAGUGAAAAUUGAGAGGGAAUAUCCGCCGCCGAUCCCAGGGCUUGCGAAGACGGAGAAUGUUCCGUCUUCGCAAAUGCCCUGGGUGAUGAAGAGGUAUCAUACCUCUGAUGGGCGACUGAUUAUCAAAGAGGAGAAAGUGAAGCGAUUUGAGUAUUUCGAGACUCGCCGUACUGAAGGAAGGUUGAUGCUGAAUCUCAUUCCGUUAAACGACGACGUUGGUGAUUCAGACGAUGAUAACGAUGCCGCUGCUGAUGGAGGCGAUGUGGUUGAAAAGGAUGAGAUUGAUCGGACGGCGCCGGAGGAGAGCGAAUCGGCAUUGGUGAGUGGUGGUGGUGCGGUGAUCGGCGGCGGCGGAAGCGGAGGAGUGAAGUGUUCGAGUUUGUGUACGUUUGGUGUGGCGGCGCCGGCGAUAAGGCCAGUUCAUACAUAACCAAAACUUUUAUUUUAUGAGAAAUCGAUGGGAUUUUCCAUAUAUUUGAGGCUUUUUUUUAGGUUUUAAAUUAUUUUUAGGAAAAAAUUUUGUUGGCAUUUUAUUGAAUUUUAAAUUAUUUUUUGAAUGUCAAUUUUUUUUGUUUAAUUUUAAUGAUCCCUUUAUGCUGCAUUUCUAGUGUAUUUAUA